CAAUGGAACCAUAGUUAAUAUGUGGUACGGGGAAAAAUCGCUUCGGGGUUGGAAGUAUACGAUCUUUGGAAGCAAAUCGAAGUCGCACUCUCACGUCACAGGCACGCAGUCAUUAGUUUAGAAUAAGCCCAUUUGGGUCGGCAAUUGCUUCUAACAAGCAUAAGAUUGACUUCAGUUAGACUGAAAGUUCGUGAAGAUGAAUCCCUGUUCCGUUGUGCGUCUAGUUGCACUGCUGGCAGCUACCGUCUUGGUUGCUGACGCCGAUAACUACUGCUGCACGGCACCGCAAUUCGUAAUCCGCGCAGAUCAGCUCCAAGGUAUAAAGUUGCCCUCCGGCCAGGGACUAGCCCAGCUUAACCUUGUUGACAUAGCCUUUGACUUCACAAAUGAAAGGCUAGGGGAAGAAAUCGAUUCAUACAGUUUGGGAAGACUCACAAAGAUAAAAGUCAUCAUAGAUAAAAAGAAGAAUGUCAUGUACACCAUCAUUGGGCAAAAUUGCACCAAGACUGAAGCCCGUGGGGAGUUUAUGCAAUGCAUUCCAAAGACCGCUCACUUCGAUGGUAGUUCAUAUCUUGGGGACAACGAACUGACCCUAGACACCUUCUCUUUCCCCGUCGAUGAGCCCAAGGUCGUCAGUGGAAAUGUUAGCAUGUCCGUCACUCACGGAAACUGCAUCUUCGCUGGUACCUUGCUGGUGGGUGAGGCUACACAAACCGAACCACCAAUACCGCUCGUCAGUUCCACGUCUUUUGUCAACUUCAAGAGAGGCAUCGCCGAUCCUUCGAGGUGGUUUGACGUACCGUCUUUCUGUCAACAGAAAAAGUCGACCAGAGCUAGACGCUCCGUGCGCUCCGUCUCUGAUGAUCACAAGGACGUCAUGAAGCUGGUGUCAAUCUUCAACACCAUGAUGCUGCCGGAUGUAGAGCCUGCCAAGGUGCUGAAGCCCCAAAAGCCUUAAAGCAAACAUUAAAACAACCGGCGAGAAAAGAUCGAAAGCCUUAAUCGAAAAAAAUAGCGGAAAGACUUCCUAUCGUAAGAACAAAUAGAUCGUAUAGAUUGCAAAAAUCAUAAGAUUAACUUCUUGCUGUAAGAUCAACAAACUGUGACUUGCGUACUUAGAUAUAAAAAAUGCCUUGCAACCUAACAAAGGGAGUAAUCGUUUAUACCCUCCAGUGCAAAAAGAUGUUUGCAUUGAAGCACCUGGGAUUGUAAAGAGUCUUGUCUGAACCAUUCAACAUUUAGGCAUUCGUUUUGCCUUGAAAAAAAAUCAAACAACUGAACCUGCUGGUAUGAGUAGGUCGUUUGUCACGCUGAUGUAAGGAGAAUAAGAAAAUUAGGAUCCUCAAGUGAACUGUGCACCCCUCUCUGAUAGCAAGUCAGUUGUUUUAUUGAAGCCUGCGCUAAAACAUUCCAAGGUGGCGAGAAAUACAGCUACGCCAAAUCCCAUUUUCAGUAGUGUUUGUAAGAGUGUGAUUUCACUUCCAAACACCACUCAACUGCAGAUAUUCACAGUUUAUUUACAUCUGGCACGAGAAAUCCGAUAUCCAAAGCUUCUUUCAGCACCACAAAAGAGAAUACCUGUUUGAUUUUCAACCUCUGACUUGAUGUGAAUGAAGUUUUGUUUUCACAAGGGUACAGGCUACUUAAGUGUCAGACAAAAACAAAUGUAACUGCUUCAAAUUGGCCGUUUAAGUGGAAAAUGUAGUGAAAGUUACACGGGCCAAAAUGUAGGUAAUCAGUACAGGUCAUUCAAACAGUAGGCCUACCAGUAGUCCCAACAAUUUAUGCGAUUUCUUGGUUAUUCCUACCAGGCCAUAAGGGCCUCUCAGGUGGCAAGUACAAAGGCUUGGGCGUAUAGCCGCAGCUGUUGCUACGGUGUCAUUAUAUGAUAGUAUAAAUUACUGUCAGGUGGACAUCUGAAGCACGUUUGGCAGCACACUCACCAGAAACCGGAGACUUUUUUGCCCUUACGGUUAAAUCAUUCAGCAUUUGUUACUGUAAUGGAUGGUGAGUAAUCCGGUCACUCCAGUUCCCAAAUGGGACACAAGUCCUUUUGUACGUCACAAAAUACAACUGUGAUUCGCAAAAACGA